AUGUCGGCGGUGAAGUUUGUGCGGUCGGUCUGGGAGUCAUUUCGCGCGACCUCGGGCGUUGAACCACGGUUGAUAGACGGCUUGCGAAUUGUAUCUGCUGAACCCGGCAAAGUCAACUUCGAGCUGCCCAUCGAAAAGCACCAUACAAACCGACUUGGCAUACUCCAUGGCGCUACGCUCGCCACCAUGGUCGACACCAGUGGCUCCCUGGCCCUGGCAUCCCGUGGGCUAUAUUCCACUGGCGUGUCGACCGAUUUGAGUGUAACCUACCUGAACGCCGGCGGGAAAAUAGGCGACCUGGUCAAAGGUGAAGUCAUCUGUGAUAAAUUUGGUAAAACCUUGGCAUACACCUCGGUGAAAUUCAUGAACAAGAACGACGAGAUCGUGGCGCGAGGGAGCCAUACAAAGUUUGUCGCUCUCGCCUGGAAGGACGAGAAAAACAUCACGAGCGAGUUGAAACCACAGGUCAACGAGUCGCAGGCUAGUGAAGUCACCAGGACCAGUUUUAGUCAUCAAGUCAAGUCAUAG